CCAUAGUCACGUGACUGAACAAUGGCAUUAGGCAGCAUGGUGAGCCAAUGGUCUGCCCCAUCACCUGAUUUCUAUUUGAAUAUUGAUGCUCCUCCAGCGGCCACCUUCCUUUGUUGUUAUUGUCUGACAUUGGACCAUCGCUACUUGUGGGAUAUUUCUGCAACCAAGCCAGACGACCGAAAAUGUCCGCGUUGCUGAAGCCGUUUACGGUGCACGAAGGACCGUGUGAGAGCUGCGGUGUCCGGAGAGGACGCCCGCGCUCAGCUCUCCAUCAGCAGCCUUCAUCGCAGCUUCUGUCCGCCGCCGUCGCCGCGACGGGGCUGGGCUCUCUGCCGGCCCACCACAAGUCGUACGCGGCGAGGAGAAACCUCGCGGCUGCUGCGGUCGGUGGGAGGAAAAUCACGCAUCCCGGAAAAGCCAUCCUUGCAGGUGGGAUCGCAGGAGGCAUAGAGAUCUGCAUCACCUUCCCCACAGAGUAUGUCAAGACCCAGCUGCAGCUGGACGAGAGAGCCAACCCGCCGAGAUACAGAGGAAUCGGUGACUGUGUGAAGUUGACUGUGCAAGAUCACGGACUGAGAGGGUUGUAUCGAGGUCUCAGCUCCUUGCUCUAUGGAUCGAUACCCAAGUCUGCAGUGAGGUUUGGCACGUUUGACAUGCUCAGCAACCCAAUGCGAGACGCCACAGGCCGUCUCGACAACACAAGCAGCCUCUUGUGUGGCUUAGGAGCCGGUAUAGCGGAGGCCAUCGUGGUCGUCUGCCCCAUGGAGACGCUUAAGGUGAAGAUGAUCCAUGACCAGUGUUCCCUCAGACCUCGCUACAGAGGCUUCUUUCACGGAGUCAGUGAGAUUAUCAGAGAACAGGGUGUGAGAGGGACGUAUCAAGGUCUGACAGCGACCGUGCUAAAACAAGGAACCAAUCAGGCCAUCCGAUUCUACGUGAUGAACGCGCUGCGCAAUUGGUACAAAGGCGACGACCCCAUGCGGGUGAUGCACCCGAUCGUAACGGCGAUGUUUGGAGCAACGGCAGGAGCUGCCAGUGUUUUUGGAAAUACACCUCUGGAUGUGGUGAAGACCAGGAUGCAGGGUUUGGAGGCCCACCGCUACAAAAACACAGUGGAUUGUGCCUUUCAGAUCUUGAAGCAGGAAGGGCCACAGGCGUUCUACAAAGGAACAGUUCCCAGGCUCGGCCGCGUGUGCCUGGACGUGGCCAUAGUCUUCGUCAUCUAUGAGGAGGUAGUCAAACUACUCAACAACAUGUGGAAGACCCAGUAGACCGGCCAGAGGUCCAGAGGGAAGCACAGACCAGUGCCUCAUGCUACGCACAACUGAACUCCUCUCUUGCAGUUCUUACUAGCUCUCUGCAAUGCCCCGAGCAGACGACCCUUCAUCAUGACCAGUUUCCACUCUGUCACAUAAAACAAGUGCAAGGCACGUCCUAAAAACAGCGAUAACAGAAAGGGAAGCAGAGUAGCUGCUUGCCCUUUUACAUUUCUCCGCUCUCUUUCUCUCUCGCUGUCAUUGCUUACCCAACUGUGCUUGUGGUGUCGUCACACUAAUGCAUCCGCGGUAUCUCCUCGCUGUGUCUUGGUGAUGAACUUCAGAUAUGGCUCACUGUGCAUUUCACGGCCCGCUGCAGACAACUGCUGUGUAUGGCUGCAUUGAUCUUCAUUUGGUGUCCGUCCCGUUACUUGUCAGGGAAACACAAGCUGGUCUGGAGUCAGCACCUCUUUAACACAUUGUAGGAAACAAAUCCAUAUGUAGCAGUCAUGCAGUCUUAAGAGAUGAGCGUCAAUAACGUACUUUAGUGAGCUCAUUGUUGCAUUUUCAACGUCAGGUUGUCAGUAGUGUGGUUGAGUUCGCUACAAUUGCAUGUGGAAGCUUUAUUUGGGAAUAUUUGGCCUGUAAUGCUUUGUUCAGACCCUUAGUCAGGUUGCUAUUUCCAUGCCGGCGCUGGUGUACAUCCUGAAAUAUGAACGUGAAUUCACUUGUACUCAAGAUGACAUGUCCGACUACGUAAGCCACACGACUUCAGUGCACUUUCCCUGUGCUUAUUGAUUCACUCGUCCUAAAGAAAGAUAUUAUGUCACUUUAACAUCUUUUGUUUACCUCAAGCUAACCUGCUUUACAAGCCUUUUGUACGCUAACUGAUGAAAUAGUUAAUUAGCCAUCUUGGAACGCACUCAUUCUUGUCUUGGUGUUUAUAUAUGUCGGGUGGCAACAAGGGGACAGUCGACGUGUCGGGAGGCUCGAUCACAUAAGUGACUAUAGUACUUAUGGUUUGGCUUUGACUGACCACACAGGCCUUGCACAGAAGCCUUUUGCUCAUCUUUGCCAAACUACUUACGUAGAAUCCCCAAUGUAACAUCGCUGAUAGGAGCAAACGUUUAUUACAUUACACAUUAUGUAGAAUCUUUGCUUUUGCCUUGCUGCUUUUCAUGAACAGGCCAAAAAGCACGUGUACGUCUUUGUACAGCAUAUCAGAUUUGAUCGCUCACGUUUCAGAAGACGCUGUUGGGCAGAGAGGACUUGGUACGAGAUCAGAAAACAAUGAGGUUUAAAACAUGGAGUAUGAUUUACAAGAUCAGAUGUGGAAACCUCUGAAAAAGUUAAUUUAUACAGAACAUGAUUCACUGGUUUCAAUAAACUUGAUUGAUAAACCUGAUCUGUGUGACUCUGGAAAUGUGUGUUAAGACAUUAUAUAAAUAAAAUGUAACGUAGAUACUGUAGUAAAUAUGGACGAGCAGACUCUGCUUUAUAAUACGGGACUACUUUUAUUUCUACCAUGUUUUUUGGUAAUGCUUUACUGAAGUGGCACCUGGACUGGAGAGGGGGAAAGAGGCAGAGUUUUAUCUCCUUCACACUGACUGAAUAGUUACAUUUCUGUAAAUUUAGGCUCCAGUAAAUGUGCAGUAACAUAAAAUUGCUUUACAAAAAAUGAUGUCAGUCGACACUUUAGCGUGGCCGGAGAAAACUCAAAAGUAAGACUUACGAGACCUUUAUGUAUCUGUACUGUAAGCAGUAGUUCAAUGAUGUGUGACAAAAUAUCAAAAAGCCUCCGUUCAAAACUGACCAACAUUAAGAUUUGUUUAUUGUCUUGUAAGUUUUGAUUUUAUGAAUCGAAAUCUGUCAUGAAAAUAAUUAGAAGAGGACUAAAUGCAAUACAGCCACGCUAUAAAGCUCCGAAGACGUAGAGUUAACAUGAACAAUGGGUUGACUUGUUGGUCC